CUGCCCUCAACACCAAGGCAGAGACCAGGAUCGUUGGCGGCCAGGCCGCCACUGCGGGGUCAUGGCCCUGGCAGGCCAGGCUGCUGAUCCCGGUGACCGGGGGGACGGCUCUCUGUGGGGGGUCUCUGAUCAACAACCAGUGGAUCCUGAGCGCCGCUCACUGUUUCAGCAGCACCAACACCACAGGUGUGGUUGUUAACCUGGGAGAGACUUCGAUAAACAACAGUCCGAACUCCGUGAGCCGGAGUGUGUCCCAGAUUAUUGUACAUCCAAACUACAACAGCCAAUCUCAGGACAACGACGUUUCUCUGGUGAAGCUGUCCUCGUCUGUGACCUUCAACGACUACAUCAGCCCCGUUUGUUUGGCGGCAGCGGGCAGUGACUUCCCCGGCGGGACCACUGCCUGGGUCACCGGCUUUGGGACUCUUUCAUCCGGAGGUUCUGUGUCUUCAACCCUGCAGGAAGUCAGUGUUCCCAUCGUGUCCAACAGUCAGUGUAACGCUUCUUAUGGUUCGAUCACCAACAACAUGAUCUGUGCCGGUCUGACAGAUGGAGGGAAAGAUUCCUGUCAGGGAGACUCCGGCGGUCCGCUGGUGAGUGAGCAGAGUGGACGCUGGAUCCUGGCAGGAAUUGUGAGCUUUGGACGAGGUUGUGCUCUACCUAAUUUCCCAGGAGUCUACGCAAGAGUGUCCGAGUACCAGACCUGGAUCGAUACCCAAAUCACCAGCAACCAGACGGGCUUCAUCGUCUUCAACUGCAACAAAACUGACCUCAGUGGGUCGUGUUCUGGAGAGCCACCAAUUACAAACGGCACUACCAGUAGUACCACCACUACAACGCCUGAUGUACAUCAAACUACAACUACAAGCCCACCAGCAACCACCACACCCAAAGCUGUCUGUGGACGGGCCGUCCUGAACUCCCCCGUCUUUGACGGCAGUUCAGUGGUAUCUGCAGGUCAGUGGCCGUGGAUGGCGAGUCUCCAGAAGAACGGGCAGCACGUGUGUGGAGGGACGCUCGUUUCUCUGGACUCUGUGCUCAGCAAUGCUGACUGCUUCUCAAGCUCUCCUGUGGCGUCGGAGUGGACGGUUGUGUUGGGUCGUCUGAAGCAGAAUGGAUCAAACCCCUUUGAGGUGUCACUGAAUGUGACGACUAUCACUCUGAGCAACCAGACGGGGUCCAAUGUGGCGGUUCUGAAGCUCUCCGGCCAGCCCCCCCUGACUGAUUACAUCCAGCCCAUCUGUCUGGACGAUGGAAGAACCUUUCCUGUGGGAGCAACAUGCUGGGCUGCAGGCUGGAGUUCUGGACGUGGAGGAGAAGAAGAAGUUCUGCAGCAGGUCCGAACCUCAGUGGUAGAAUGUACCGGACCAACUUCUGCAGACAGCAUCUGCACCACGCUCUUUCCACUGGCAGAGGGCGACUCUGGAGGCCCGCUCAUGUGCCGGCAGGACGGCUCCUGGUUUCAGGCCGCCGUCAUGUCGUUUGUGCGCCGCUCCCUGAGGAGAAGACGAGCCGCUGCUGUGAUGGAGUUUGAAAAGCUCAGCCACUUCCAGGACUUCCUGGUUCUGACGGUGGGACCGUUCCUGCCGUCAGCCACCAGCGGCAUCGGCGUCCCCACCACCCUCAGCACCACGCCCACCAUCUACGUCCCCGCCAACACGCCCACCAUCUACGUCCACGCCAACACGCCCAGGCCUGGCUGGCACAUCCACAAAAGAAUUUUCUUCUACCUCCGUCUCGUUUUCCGUACUUUAUGCUCCAUCCUCUCCUUUGAACAUCAGGAUUAACCGAGUUCCUGCUGAUAAAAACUGGGAUUUAAGUCUGUUGUUAAACUGAAUCAAAGAAUCUUCUGGUUGGUUUGCCUUUUUCUGGAAAGCUGAAGUUCAGAUUCCUGAGUCUCUGCGUUAAAUGUGUUGAUGUGGUGGAGCGUCCUUUUCUCUCUUAAAGCCCCGCUCUGAAUGAAAUGGUGUUUUUGGUGUUUACCUGGUUUCGUUCUGGUGUUGGAGAACAGAAAAUAAAGCAAAUUAAGAUUUAAACUGCAUUUCUUUUCCGAUUAUGUUUUUGGAACAGAAUGUCGGCGCGGCUCAUAACAGGAAGUACUCCACCUGAGACGUGUUGGGCCUGUGCGACAAGCUUCAUGAUGUUUGAACGAUUAAACACCAGUCGUUUCU